UAACGCGAAAAAGAAAGGGAAAUAGUUGAGAAUGAGAUCUGUUUGAAGAGAAUUGAAAUUUGAAAAAGGAAAUCAAUUCAGGAGAGUUUAAAUUGAAGUUUGAAGUGAAUGUGUACAAGUGAUAGUAUCGGAUUAAUUAAAGUGUAGAUCUCUUGUUCUGUUGUGAUAUCUAACACUAAAAUGGAGUACAGGAAAAUCAAAGAUGAGGAUAUAGAUAUAGAUAGGGCUGCGGAGGUCGACGAUGUUGAAAAAUCAUUUUUGCUUUCAGUCCCUUCGGUCUCUGGAGAACCCAAAAUUGACACUCACAAGACCAAAGCACAGUGGAAGCGCAAGUCGCUUGUUACAUUUGCAUUGACUAUUCUUACUAGCUCCCAAGCCAUUCUAAUUGUUUGGUCUAAGAGAGCUGGCAAGUAUGAGUAUAGUGUUACUACUGCUAAUUUUUUGGUUGAGACUUUAAAAUGUGCCAUAUCCCUCGUCGCCUUGGCAAAAACAUGGAGAACAGAGGGCGUCACCGACGACAACAGGUUGACUACAACGUUUGACGAAGUUAGUGUGUAUCCUAUCCCAGCAGCACUUUACCUUGUCAAAAAUUUGCUUCAGUAUUACAUAUUUGCAUAUGUAGAUGCUCCAGGCUAUCAGAUAUUGAAGAACUUUAAUAUUAUCAGUACAGGCGUGCUCUACAGAAUUAUACUUAAGAGAAGGUUGAGUGAGAUUCAGUGGGCUGCGUUUGUUCUACUAACUGCUGGGUGCACUACAGCUCAGUUGAAUUCAAAUUCCGAUCAUGUUCUUCAAACUCCCGUUCAAGGUUGGGUGAUGGCAAUCGUCAUGGCUCUCUUGAGUGGUUUUGCAGGAGUGUAUACUGAGGCUAUUAUCAAAAAGCGUCCUUCUCGGAACAUAAAUGUUCAAAACUUCUGGUUGUAUAUCUUUGGCAUGGGCUUCAAUGCUAUUGCGAUAUUGGUUCAAGAUUUUGAUGCAGUGGUGAACAAGGGAUUCUUUCAUGGAUAUUCGUUCAUAACCUUCCUUAUGAUUAUCAACCAUGCGCUCAGUGGAAUUGCUGUAUCAAUGGUAAUGAAAUAUGCUGACAACAUUGUGAAGGUGUAUUCUACUUCAGUGGCAAUGCUUCUUACAGCAGUUGUUUCUGUAUUCCUUUUUGGCUUCCAUCUCUCCCUUGCCUUCUUCCUUGGAACAAUUGUUGUCUCUGUUUCAAUAUAUCUGCACUCUGCUGGGAAGAUCCAAAGAUAACUAUGACUUCUGGCUGCCCUAUAUUUUUCCGUCAUAGGUUAUAUUAAAUUCUUAUUCGUUGUUGAUUAUCCUUAUCUCAAAAUUUAUUUUGAAACAAAUUUGUUUAGUUAGUGUAUACUAUGAAAUCCAUCUUGGGUGUUUCUCAACAAAGAUGUAACCGGAUUCUUGAAAGGUGAUAUGUAAGUUAUACUAAAAGCUCUUAUCAGAGCUUAUGCACUGCCUUAAAAAUGAAAUAACCUUCCUCUUCCCUCC